GAUAUAAUCCACCUGGCUUUGUUCCCAGCGGUGGGCAAUUUCUUGAAACAAGUGAGAGCUUUAUAUUUUCUUUUGAAAAUGAUAAAGAUACUACUAGUAUGAAAAUAAGUCGCGUAGUUCGUACUAAUUAUGCAAUGUGGGAACAAAAUGGUAAUGGAUUCAAUUUUGGCAGCACUUUUUAUAUGUUAAAUCAAUCUAUUUAUUUGAACUAUAAUGAUCGUUAUGAUGGUAAUAUUGUUGCAAAUUCAAGUUUCAAUUCUAAUUUUGUUCCAUCUCUUAUUGAAGUUUUUAAAGUUAUAUCAAAUUUUCAAAACAUUCGAACUCAAGCUAAUAUGCUUGUUGCACAACAUCAAGAUGAUUUUGUUGAUAUGUUUUUAACCAAUGAUGAAUGGGUAAAUAUAAAUGAAUUGAUCACCUAUCAACAUUUGGAAUAUGAAAUUACUAAUAGCACAACACAAUACAUGUUUGCUGAUUCAAUUCAUCAUAAAUUUAGCGAUUAUUAUUUAAUUAUUAGUAAUAUCACCAAAAUUGCAACGAUAUUAGAUCCUCGCGUCAAGUGUUCAAUUUUUGCAAUUGGUGAUGGAACUAAUAAUGUUAUAUCGCAAAUACGAAAUAAUAUAUAG